CACUGAUAUAUAAUGUAUUCCUGUCGCAGGGUGUUCGGUAUUGAUCAGGUAGGGAAUAGUAGUCCUGUAUGACAGUCCAUAUAUCCAAGAGUGUUAGCACAAGUUCUAGUGACCCGUCUAUGUGGAAUGUCUAGAUGUUGGUGUAUGAAUAAGUAGCUGCAGCAUACACAGCAGAGCAGGGGGCCAGUGCGCACACCUCAGUGCCCGGUGAUGAUGGGAAGCUGCAGCAUGCACCCAUGUCUAUGAGCCCCAGCACUGUGCUAUGUGACACCCAAGUAGGUGCUGCAGAGGCUGCUCCAGUCAUUUGUCUCCCUUGCCUUCCUCCUGUGCCUCCACCUCCCGAGCUUCCUUCCCCUUCUUCUCCUUCUUCUUCUCCUCAUCCAGCCCAGCGCUGCCAAUGCGCCAGGAUAGAGGGAUCUGGGUGCCGGGGAUGACGCAGAAGAGCGAGCUCCCCCCAAAAAGUGUUUCAGGACGAAGAUGGCGGCAACUUAGCAGCACAGGACCAAGAUGACUGUGGCCAUCGGGAGGCAAAACCCAGGGUAUUCCGCCCAGUUCCACAAGGAGAAGACGCCCGGUUGAUCAGCUGCAGUCAUUGAGAGGAAGGAAGGGCAGGGAAGAGGCAUGCAGGCAGGGGCAAGGAGGCAUCUCUGUGGAGCAGGGCUAUGGGCAGCCGUGCUGUGACAAUGCCCGGGAUCCUGUCUACCUACCCUCUAAGUGGAUGGAUCUAGCUGAUCGCUGCUCUGCAUAAGGAAGACAAGGAAGGCAGCAAACAAGCCAAUCAAUCCUCAAGUCAAUGACUUUUGUGGUCACCCUUGCCAAGGAGCCCUCACGGUGGAGUCCUCCAGAGCAGCGCCUUCCCAAAAUAUGACCAGGGGUGCUUGGAUGUGUCGGCAGUUUGAUGACAGCUCCAAAAUCUGGUGUGCACCCCGGGAGAACGAGAAACCUUUCACUGAUUCAGAGAGGGCUCAGAAAUGGCGACUGUCUUUAGCAUCUCUCUUGUUUUUCACAGUUCUGCUUUCUGAUCAUUUGUGGUUCUGCGCCGAGGCCAACUUGACAAGGACCAGAGACAAAGAGCAGGGCUCCUUAAUAGUGUCACCACCACCACCACCAUCAUCAUCAUCACCUAGCAUGGCGGAUCGACUCCCUUCAGCGGUGGAAGGACAUCAACUCUCACCUACCCUUCAGUCAUCUCAAGAGAGUCCAGGCAAAAAAGCUAUUUUUCUAGGAAAUUCGACCAAAACUCUGCUAGAAACCUGUCCCCCCCAUAGGACAUUCGGUCAAUGUUAUGUUGUUGAUGAUGCCCAGUCUGUCUGUAGGAACUUGAGUGAGGGCUCGUGGAGUAAGCCUACUCACUUUAACUUGAGUCAUUUUUACCUUCCCUUUUGUAAUUCCUAUACACUUUCCGAUUUGUUCUCUGGGUUCUCAAAUCCGGACACUUUGAACUGUAGUGAGGAGAUGGUGGAGAAUGGGGAUGUCGCUGGUUGUAGACGUUGCGUCCAGACUUAUAGGGGCUAUGACCAGAAUGCUCAGGAGAAAUACCAAGAAUUCGAAGUUUUGCUACAGAAAUAUUUACAAUCGGAUGAGUAUUCGGUCAAAUCCUGUUCGGAAGACUGCAAGAUAAGCCAAAGGAAGGCCGAAGAUAUGAAGAAAGGGAUACUGUCUACAAGUCCUGGCUAUGUUCCCAGUUUUUUAAAGUUACACAAUCUGAAUGCAGUAGCAAAAUCCCAUGCAAGCAAUACUGUUUGGAGGUACAAACACAGUGUCCAUUUAUAUUACCAGAUAACGAUGAUGUCGUCUAUGGUGGGCUAUCAAGUUUCAUCUGUACAGGGCUGUAUGAACACUAUCCAACCAAUGCAGAACCAGAAUGCUGUGAUGUCAGAUGGGAUUUAUCGAGAGAUAACCAACCCAAAGGGACUAAAAAACAACAACAGGACUCAACGUUGUGUCACAGGACAUCACUCACAGCUUCAUCAGCAUCCAGACUGUGUAACAGCAAACUUAAACUGUGUGUUCUUGUACUGAUACUAUUACAUACCGUACUAGCAGUUUCAGCAGCACAAAACUCAACAGGACUGGGUUUUGAAAACAUAAGAAUUUUGGAAGACCAUUCAACAAAUGAGGAAUAGAAAAAGGGAAAUAUUUCACUGGAAAAACACACUUCUGGCCCACUCCAGCAAAACGCUACAGUCACAUGUAAUAAAACCGAUGUGCUUGUACCUUAUGACUAAUUUUUACAAGUCAGUCUGUGUAAAAAUGGCUAGACGGGCCAAGCUCCAAUCUUCAAGGACAAAAUGGGACAGCUUUUUAUUGACUAAAAGGCUGCAUGGUGACUUAAAUUUCUCACACCAUUUUAUACACUGUGUUUUAAUGUAUGGAUUUUUGUUUGAUUUUGCACUUGUUAAUACAGGAUUUUAUUUUUUGGGAUGGUUUCUCAAAGCUAUACUGAGUCUUUUCACUGUCUAUCAAUUUCUAACCAUUGUCUGUACUCAUCUUUUAUGUCCUGUCAAUUUCUACUAUUCAAGCAGAAGUGCUAUGAACACAAGCAUAGCAAACAAUAACAAAACUAGCAUCCAUUCUGCCCAUAUAAACCAUUGUUUUACCCAUUUCCUUAAAGCAAAAAACAAAAAUAAAAACGAAUACAACAUAUAUCACAAAACAAGAGAAUUAUAGAAUCUGCUUAGUUUUAACUGUGUGAAAUGUAAUAUGUACACCCAGGGACAACAGAAUGGGAAAAUCUUGUGGACUAUAGUUGGGAGAGGGUAAAAACACUUAAAAAUAACACUCUUACUUAAAAUUUUGGGCAGAUACUCCAUUUUCUGUGAACCUAUAGCAAAAUGUGUUGUUCAAGUUCCCAUUCAAAAAAAAAAAAAUGUCCAGUCUUUUCACUGGUCAGUUGAACAUGAGCAGCCUUUCAGAAUUCUGUAUGUUGAUCCAGUUAAGCUCAGUGAGUAAUAUAGUUGAAGGCCUUCACAUUGGAGGUAAAAAUUGUGGCAUUCAUUGUGAAUUCUGUGUUCAUUUCUGCUGUAGUUACAGUAUUUCGUAUCAUAAAGGUACAGUUUAUUUAUAUAUGUACACUAGCAACAUUCAGAUGGAAGUCCAGAGGAACACUGAAACCUUUUUUUUAUUGCUAAUUUCCUUCUAAACUAGUAAAGCAAGUGGGUCUUUGUUCAAUACAGGGAUUUCAUUUUUUGGGUGUAAUAGAAAUUAACUGGUUAGAUCGGUUGCAACAUUGGUCAAUAAAGGACAAUAAAGUACCCUAUUGGUCCUACCAGCAUUAGUUAUAAGAGAUAUGACAACUGGAAAUAGAUAUUUGCACUUGCUGUAGCUGAUAAAAUUCUUGUUAUGAUUGAUGGCAUUUGCUUUGGAUAAAUGUAGGUAUUUAUUGGCAAUCUAAAGCUAAUAGCCAUGAGACUGGGGCUGUGGCUAGUAUGGAGCUGCGUGGUCUCCAUAUGUUGCUGUACACCGUGCAGGGUGCCAUAUGUAAAGAUGCAUUUUCCUCCAAUAGCAGUGCAUGAUAAGGAAUAUGACAGGCAAAAAAAUCCAUAUAAAUUUGUAUAAAAUUGAGCUCCUGUGUAGUUGAAUGAGAGCCCUAUUACAGCACUGUACAAAAAGAAGCAGGUAUAUGGCCAUGUGCAUGAGGCUUUAGAAUUAGGGAGUGCUGUAUAUACUGUACUUAGAGGGGUCUUCGAGCUGAGAGGUAUUUUAAGCUAAUGCCUUCCUGUCGAGUGAACACAAUAGUAGCUAUAAUCACCUACCCUGCUCCACCAAAGCUUCUGCUUUAAGGCUGCCUGGUACCCUCUGCUCCCUUCUUUUUUCUAGUACUUGUUUGUUCUCCUGUUUGUUCAGACAGGGACUACUACUUAGCCCAGUGAUUGGCUGAGUGGGAAGUUCCUACUGAACAAAAUGUCUAAGGAACCAGGAAUAGGAGCAGAGCAGCAGGGACUGAGCAGCAUCAAGUGACAGCAGCAGGGAAGGUAAGCAUAACAACUUUUUUUUUUCACAUCAGCCAAAAUACCUCACUUCUCAGAAAACCCUUUAUAGUAGAUGUUUAAGAUUUGUAAAAAAAAAAAAACAUGGACUUCAGUAUUACAGCUCCACCACAAGGAGGCUGUGCUACAAUAUUUCACAAAGCUUGCAGAUAUUAGUGCACCAUUGUGGAAAAAAAUUAGACCAUUUUUUUCUUUUUCUCAUUUAACUCCUUUACAUUAAAAAAUCUCCAACCAGAAAACAUAUGUAUAAACCGGUGCAGUAAAUGGAUUUAUUGGGUGGGAUUUAUCAAAACCUGCCCAGAGGAAAAGCUGCCAAGUUGCCCAUAGACCAAUCAGAUUGCUUCUUUCAGUUUUUUAGAGGCCUUUUCAAAAAUGAAAGAAGCGAUCUGAUUGGUUGCUAUGGGCAAAUGAGUAACCUUUCCUCUAGACAGGUUUUGAUCAAUCUACCCCAUAGUCACCAAGUCCAAAACAAACCCCAUUUAAGUCCUGUUUAGAACGCUACUAGAUUGUAUUAUCAAGAAAUAGGUAUGAACAAGAUAACAGAACAGAAUGCAAUUGUGGGUUAGCUUGUAUUAUACGCCAGCGACUAUGUUUCUAUUUGGAGUAGGCACCAGUUAUUGAACCCUCUGUGCACAUCUGUGAAUGCUGAUAUUUAUUGAGAUUACAAAGCUCAAUUUAAUCGAUUACAAAGAGGCCUAUGACAUCUUACAGUAUUUCAAUGUGCUUAAGUGGAUACCAUACCAUGCAGUGGUAUAUGUUCAUUAGCAUUGCCGCCAUUUAAAAAACAACAUUUUUAAGUUGUUUAUUUUACAUUUUGCAGUAACAUAUUAAAGGAAGGAAAAACUUAUAAGGGCUGUUAAAAUAAUUAAACUCAGUUUCCUUCCUAUUCUCUUUCUACACUUGGGAAGUGCACUUCAACAAUGUUUGCUGUGUAGCAGGGAUAUGAAGGAAAAUACUUUAAGAGCAAACACAAUGUCUUGUUUGAGAGGCCUCCCCUAUUAUACGCUUCAUUUUUACUUCUUGUCUCUACUUCAUCAACUACCUGAGAUACGUAGGAAGAACUAAUACUAUGCAUUUUUCACUUUUAACCAACAUUCUUCUUAGUACUAAUCGUAAAGAAAUUGCGCUGAAACUCGUAAGUGAGUCAUUUGUACAUAAAAGCGCAAUAACAAAAAAUUGCACCAGAAGUAAAAAAAAAAAUUGAAAAAAAAAAUUAUCUAUAUAUGUGUGAUAUUUAUUUAUGUUAUCUUUUUUGAAUCACCUUCAGUAUCAUCUUUAUGUUCGGGAAUACAUGGUGCUUUUCUUGUCGGUCAGGCACGUUGUAAUGUCAUUUACAUACUGCAAAAAUAAGACUAGUAGAAUGAAUAAUAUAUAUAUAUAUAAAAAGCCUUAAUUAAUGGUAGAAUGUAGAUUUUUAGGUAGAUAGUGUAUUUAAAUAUAGUGGAGCAAUAACUGGGUGGUACGCUAGUACAAUAGAGAAGAGCAAUGAUGGGGCAAUGUUUAAAAAGCACUUAGCAGGUGAGCUCUUGUUCAACUGAUCUACUGUUUAAGUACCUGUAUGUAUGGUCAGUAAACAGUUUGUUCUAACCUUUAUCUACCUCUGCUGGGCAAAGGCCAAUCAACAGUCUUUUCUUUAUGUUGUUGUGCUAUGUGUACUAUGUGUCAUAUCAAUUCCAUUUUCAUUCAUCUUUUUACAUAUUGCACCAUAACAGUAGCAAAGUUCUUAUAAUUCAUAUCAAUAAAUGGUACUUUGGAUUGUCAAAAUAAUACAAUAAUACUUUUGAAAACUCUGAAGCUGCUGUAUUCUUCUAUGGUAUGACUGGUAAAUAAGACUUCUAUGUUUGUCUUCUGCUUAAAAAAAUGUGGAAUUAUGAUUGUGUCAUGAUAUUUAAAGACAGAUUUCAGGAAAUUAACAAAUGUUAUAAUGUCAUCUUAGUUGCCAAUUUAUCAUUAUAAUGAAUGAACAGUCUACCAUAUUGCUGGUUCAUAUAUUGUAUGUAUGUAGCUUAAUACAAAUAUGCAACUUUGACUGGCAUUCAUACUCUAUCCCACUACAUCUUCUACAGUAUCUAUCUAUCUAUUUAUCAUCGAUCUAUCUAUCUAUCAAUCUAUCUAUCCAUCCAUCCCUCCAUCCAUCCAGCACUCCAAAUAGAUUAAAGCAAAAAUGUUGUUUAUUGACCCAUGGUCAGCAGUGGAUGCGACG